AUGUCUCAAAACGACAUGAAAUUCUGCAAUAGUUAUUUUCUAGUCGAUCCAACCAAAGCAAGUGUUGUUGAUCUCCUUCUCCUUUUGUUUUCCCCCAACCUGACCAGCGCAAGAUUCAUAGACUCUCCUCCCCAUACGCUCAAAAGCUUCCGAAGGAGUUUCGCGAGUCGAUGGAUAAUUGCGUUGGCCGUUUUUCUUCAAAAGAUAUUAAUUUUCAUAAGAAAACCCUUUGCAUUCAUUGGUAGUUUGCUCACAUACUGGCCCAAUCUUCGUACGGCUAAUGGAGGCUUCUUCAAGUUGAUACUUAACCUUUUCACAGGAAAAUUGGUGAAACCUGAUGAAUCGUCGGCGACAUACACGUCGUUUAUCGGAUGCUCAGAUCGAAGAGUAGCGCUUGACGAGAAGCUAACUGUUGGUACCAUCGAAUACAAGUCGAUGUUGUCAAUAAUGGCUUCUAAGAUCGCUUAUGAGAACAAAUCUUUCAUCACUUCCGUCGUCAAAAACACUUGGAAGAUGGACUUCGUGGGUUUCUACGACUUUUACAGCGCAUACCAGGAAAAAAACGUGACUCAAGCUUUCGUGUUCAAGGCGUCGACCACCAAUCCGAACCUCAUCGUCGUCAGCUUCAGAGGAACCGAGCCUUUCGACGUUGAUGAUUGGUGUACUGAUCUCGACGUCUCUUGGUACGAGAUGAAGAAUGUUGGUAAAGUCCAUGCCGGGUUCUCGAGAGCCCUAGGCCUCCAAAAAAACGGAUGGCCCAAGGAAAUCAUACCUCUCGGACGCCAAUAUGCUUACUACACUAUCAGACAGAAGCUUAGGGACAUGCUUGCCAGAGACAAGAACCUUAAGUUUAUCCUAACGGGUCACAGCCUCGGCGGCGCAUUAGCGGCUCUAUUUCCGGCGGUUUUGGCGAUUCACGGCGAGGAUGAGCUGCUUGAGAAGCUAGAGGGAAUCUACACGUUCGGACAGCCACGUGUAGGGGAUGCGGAGUUUGGGGAAUUUAUGAAGGAUGUGGUGAAAAAGUAUGGAAUAGAGUAUGAGAGGUUUGUUUAUAACAGUGAUGUUGUGCCUAGAAUACCCUUUGAUGACAAGGUUUUGUUCUCAUUCAAGCACUAUGGAUCUUGCAAUUACUUCAACAGUCUCUACAAAGGAAAGGUAAGAGGAGAUGCACCAUAUGCAAACUACUUCAGUUUGUUGUGGUUAAUACCGAAGCUGUUGAUUGGUUUGUGGGAGUUCAUAAGAAGCUUCAUAAUACAGUUUUGGAAAGGCAAAGAGUACAAAGAGAACUGGAUGAUGAUAUCGCUUAGGGUUUUGGGAAUGAUAUUUCCUGGUGGCUCUAACCAUUUCCCACUUGACUACGUCAACUCCACGCGACUGGGUGGCUUGGCUCGACCUCCUCCCACUAUUCCUACUCCUGAGGAAAAAAUUGCCCUCAUUGCUUGA